AUGUCCCAAGAUCUCCAACAGGAUUCCAGUCAGCAGAGCGGAACAAAUGAGAAUUCCUCCAGGAAUUCGUAUCUCUGCGAUGCGUGUGGAAAAUUUUUUGGCUACGAGUCCCAAUUCGAGACGCACAAACGCAUCCACACGGGGGAGAAGCCCUACCAGUGCUCCAUGUGUCCGAAGGCCUUCAUCCAAAAAGCUACCCUCACCUACCACUUGCGUACCCACACGGGGGAGAGGCCCUUCCAGUGCUCGAUGUGCCCGAAAACGUUUGGCCAAAAUUCCGGUCUCACUUACCACAUGCGCACCCACACGGGCUACAAGCCCUUCCAGUGCACGGUGUGCUCGAAAAUAUUCAAACUCAAGGGUACUCUCAUGAACCACAUGCGCGUCCACACUGGGGAGAAGCCCUUCCAGUGUCCAGUGUGUCUGGAGUCAUUCCGCCAGAAGUACCAUGUCACGCUGCACAUGCGAACCCACACGGGGGAGAAGCCCUACCAGUGCUCGGAGUGUUUGCAAUGGUUCGGCCAAAAACACCAUCUCACCCUGCACAUGAGGACCCAUACGGGGGAAAAGCCAUUCCAGUGCCCAUUUUGCCCGGAAAACUUUCGCCAGAAGUACCAUCUUACGACCCACUUGCGCAUCCACACGGGAGAAACGCCCUUCCGGUGUACGGUGUGCUCGCGAAAUUUUCGAUACAGAUACAGUCUUGAAGGUCACAUCCGAACUCAUAUGGUCAAAAAGUCCUUCUAA